CAAAAUUGUGCUAUAAAGUUUAAAAGAAAAGACAGGAUAGUAUUUUUUAGGCUCAAAUAUGGACGAUUUGUGCACAACGUGCCUGUGUUCUGGACGGACCCUUUAUUUUCUUGAGGAAACGGAAUACUAUCACAUGUAUUUGCAGAUAUUAAAUGAAAUACAACCGGAAAUGCGGGUCCGCAUCUGCUGGGAGUGCCGCGCGGUGCUGCGUCGCUUCCAGCAGUUCAGAGGGCAGGCGCGCCGCUGCCAUCUGCUGCUGACUGAACAAGGCACUCCAAAAUACGCACUGUGCCAACCGCCUCGGUUAAGUAUCCAUAAUGUGACCACAACAAGCUAUCCGCUGGAUGUGAAAGCCGAGCCCACAGACACGAUCAAUGUGGAGAUUAUUGAUAACAUAAAGGUGGAAGUAGAUGACACGGUAGAGCAUUGUGAACCGGAGACAUUUGUGAAUGACCUAGACUUUAAGAAAACUGAGGAUCUCAACAAGACUGAGGAUUUAAAGAAGCCAACCAAGAAAAAGAAGUUAAAAGGAAACAAAAAGAAGAAAAAGAAACUGGAGGAGCCAUUGUCAGAAGGAUUUAGCGACAGAGAUUGUGAUUACAAAAUUGACAUUGUUGCCAAUUUUGACAAUGUAGCUAACAAUGUUGACAAUUUUGACAAUGUAGCUAACAAUUUUGACAAUGGUGACAAUUUUGACAAUGUUGACAAAGUUGACAAACGUAGUGAAAAUGUGAUAGAAGCUAAAUGUAUGUGUUCUCAGUGUGGUCUGACCUUUGGUACCAGAAGAGAGAUGGACUUACAUGUUAAAAAGGAACAUUUAAAGGAGGGUGUGCCCGGGAAAGUUAGGACCCGGAGUAAAGAGGUGUUGGCAGAAAAACCUACGUGCGCGGAAUGCGGAAAGGUGUUCAGCUCUAGGAAGACCUACAGAUACCAUCUGAAUGUGUUACACAAAGGACAGAACCGUUACCCGUGUCCGCGCUGCGGAAAGGUGUAUCAAUGGAAGUCCAAUCUCGGCCGCCAUCUUAGAACACAUAAGGCUCGGGACGACGGCGAACUGUACUGCGCGCUGUGCGACAAGCGGUUCGCGUCCGUCGCGACGUACCGACAACAUCUGCGCGUGUCGCGGCGACACGUCUCCGAGAGCGAGUUUAGUUUCGUAUGCAACGAUUGCGGUAAGAAGUUCGUGAACAAGACCCGGUUAAGGGACCACGUGGACUGGGAGCAUCUCAAGAAGAUUAAGUUCCGAUGCCAGCUGUGUAAUAAGCCCUUCAAAUGUCACACGUCGCUAUACGUGCACCUGCAGAAUGUCCAUCGUAACAAAGAGAAGAAAGACAACUUGUGUCACGUGUGCGGGAAAUCUUACCAGAACGCAGCUAAACUGAAGUACCACAUAGUGGCGAUGCACACACGUGAGACGCCUUACCAGUGCGGGCAGUGCGGCGCGGCCUUCGGAUGGUACUCUAGCUUGUACCGACACAUUCGUGAGGUGCAUUAUAAGAUGAAAGUUCAACCGAAGAAGUCUAAAAAGGGAAAGAAGAUAGAAGAUAUGGACGUGAUGCCGCCGCUGCCCGGGCCCGCUUAAACAUACAUACAUACAGACAGA